CUAAUCAUUUCCACCCCCUCUCGCGGCUCUCUCUCUCUCUAACCCCACACAGCGCUCGCUUCUCCCCACCAUGGUGGCGAUCUCGGAGCUCGGGUGAGCGGAAGAGAAUGCGGCCGAUUUGAGGAGAGGGAUGGGGUUUCGGGUGGAUUUGUGGUGAGCGGGGAGGGGGGUAGAUUAGGUUUUUGGUGGUUUUGUUGGUUGGGAGGUCGUCGGAGAUGAGCUCGUCGUCGGCGGCCAGCAUCGGGCCGCCGCCGCCGCCGCCCCCCGCUCCGCCCGAGGAAGGUGGGUGGCUAGAGAAGAAGUGCCUCAACUCGGAGCUGUGGCACGCCUGCGCCGGCCCGCUGGUGUGCCUCCCGACCGUCGGCACGCGCGUCGUCUACUUCCCGCAGGGCCACAGCGAGCAGGUGGCGGCGUCGACGAACAAGGAGGUGGAGGGUCACAUCCCCAACUACCCCAACCUGCCUGCGCAACUGAUCUGCCAGCUCCACGAUGUCACAAUGCACGCGGAUGUGGAGACUGACGAAGUGUACGCGCAGAUGACGCUCCAGCCGCUGAACCCUCAAGAGCAGAACGAUGCCUACCUUCCCGCGGAGAUGGGGAUAAUGAGCAAGCAGCCCACGAAUUACUUCUGCAAGACGCUGACGGCGAGCGACACCAGCACGCACGGGGGGUUCUCCGUGCCCCGCCGUGCUGCUGAGCGUGUCUUCCCUCCUCUGGAUUUCACACAGCAGCCUCCAGCUCAGGAGCUAAUUGCACGGGAUAUUCAUGAUAUCGAGUGGAAGUUCAGGCACAUCUUCCGAGGUCAACCCAAACGGCAUCUGCUAACUACUGGCUGGAGUGUUUUUGUUAGUGCUAAGAGGCUUGUUGCAGGAGAUUCUGUGCUUUUCAUAUGGAAUGAGAAAAACCAGCUUUUACUUGGAAUAAGACGCGCCAGUCGGCCGCAGACUGUGAUGCCUUCCUCUGUUCUUUCAAGUGACAGCAUGCACAUAGGUCUCCUUGCUGCAGCAGCUCAUGCUGCUGCUACAAACAGCCGUUUCACAAUUUUCUACAACCCCCGGGCAAGUCCAUCAGAAUUCGUCAUACCACUUUCAAAAUACAUCAAGGCUGUUUUCCAUACUCGAAUAUCAGUUGGGAUGCGGUUCAGGAUGUUGUUCGAGACUGAGGAGUCAAGCGUUCGCAGGUACAUGGGGACGAUAACAGAAGUUAGUGAUGCGGACCCUGUCCGUUGGCCAAGUUCCUAUUGGAGAUCGGUGAAGGUUGGUUGGGAUGAAUCAACUGCAGGGGAAAGGCCGCCAAGAGUUUCUUUAUGGGAAAUCGAACCUUUGACAACCUUUCCAAUGUAUCCAUCUUUGUUCCCGCUGAGAGUUAAGCAUCCUUGGUAUUCAGGAGUUGCUUCUCUGCAUGAUGACAGCAAUGCUUUAAUGUGGCUGAGAGGAGUUGCUGGUGAGGGAGGUUUUCAGUCUCUGAACUUUCAGUCGCCUGGUAUUGGCUCUUGGGGACAACAGAGGCUCCAUCCAUCCUUACUGAGCACCGAUCACGAUCAGUACCAAGCAGUAGUUGCUGCUGCUGCUGCUGCUUCCCAGUCUGGUGGUUAUCUUAAACAGCAAUUCUUGCAUCUUCAGCAACCUAUGCAGCCCCCUCAAGAGCACUGUAACCUCAACCCAUUACUGCAGCAACAAAUUCUGCAGCAAGCAAGCCAACAACAGAUAAUUAGUCCUGAGGCCCAAAACAUCCAAACAAUGCUGAGCCCAAGUUCUAUGCAGCAGCAACUCCAGCAACUCCAGCAAAUGCAGCAGGUUCAGAAUGAUCAGAAGCAGAAGAUUCAACCAGAGCAAAGCUACCAAGUUCCUAGCAGUGCAGUUCUCCCAAGUCCAACAUCAAUACCGAGCCAUUUGCGAGAAAAAUUUGGUUUCUCUGAUCCUAACGCGAAUUCGUCAAGCUUCAUCCCCUCUAGCAGUAGUGACAACAUGUUGGAUUCGAGCUUCCUUCAGGGUGGUUCAAAAGCUGUGGACUUGUCUCGAUUUAAUCAACCUGUAGCUAGCGAGCAGCAGCAGCAGCAGCAGCAGCAGCAGCAGCAACAGCAACAGGCAUGGAAGCAGAAAUUUAUGGGUUCACAGUCAGUGUCUUUUGGUGGCUCGGUUUUGCAUAAUUCACCCACAAGUAAAGAUGGUUCUGUUGAAAACAAAAUUGGCCGUGAUGUGCAGAACCAGUCCCUUUUUAGUCCACAAGUUGACUCUUCCUCUCUUCUGUACAACAUGGUACCUAAUCUGACUUCAAAUGUUGCGGAUGGUAGCUUAUCAACGAUCCCUUCUGGAUCAACUUAUCUGCAGAAUGCAAUGUAUGGUUGCUUGGACGAUUCUUCUGGUUUAUUGCAAAAUACAGGAGAGAACGAUCCAACAACCAGAACAUUUGUGAAGGUUUACAAGUCAGGUUCGGUUGGGAGGUCGUUGGACAUCACCCGGUUCUCUAAUUAUGCUGAACUUCGAGAAGAACUGGGUCAGAUGUUCGGCAUUAAGGGUCAGUUGGACGACCCUGAUAGAUCAGGCUGGCAGCUUGUAUUCGUCGACAGGGAGAAUGACGUGCUUCUCCUUGGAGACGACCCCUGGGAGUCCUUUGUGAAUAGUGUAUGGUACAUCAAGAUACUUUCACCUGAGGAUGUGCAUAAGAUGGGAAAGCAAGGAAAUGAUCCACGGUAUUUGUCCUGAAGUGAGAAUAUGGUGUCAUUUCUGGUUUCCACGAGGAUUCUGCAGUGCAUGGCGACACUCUUGCUCUCGACAAUGCACGUCUUCAGAGGUCCCAAAUUUGUACCCGUAUCUUGCAUGUACACCGUACAUGUCUCCAGAACUCUCUGUUACCUAUUCGGUGCAGGUCACCGGAACCACGAAACUGAUAUUUUGUAGGUUCCACUUAGGAAUCAGUAUCGGUUUAACUGUAUCCUAGAUGAUUUGUAACUCGGCACGGCAGGCAGCUGUUUUCAUGUUUCAUCGAGUCCUCCAGGACAUUAAGCUUAGUUGAUAUUGUCAGGAUUUAUGUGUAUUGAUGACAUUCCUCUACACGCUUUGAACAAAAGAACUCCAAUAAUCGGAACGAAUGAGGAUUUGUUCGGAUC